AUGGCUGACAAACCCCCAAUUGUUGAGCACAUAUACAUUGCCGACCCGUCUGCUCACGUCUUCAACAACAGACUUUACAUUUACCCCUCCCACGACCGCGAAACAAACAUAAAAAACAACGACAAUGGCGACCAAUACGACAUGAAUGACUACCACGUCUUCUCCAUGGACUCCGUAGGCGGGCCUGUCACAGACCAUGGCAUCGUCCUCCAACAAUCGGACAUACCUUGGGUCAGCAAACAACUCUGGGCCCCCGACGCCGCCGAGAAGAACGGGAAAUACUAUCUCUAUUUCCCCGCGCGAGACCACGACGGCAUCUUUAGAGUCGGAGUCGCAGUUGGCGAUAAGCCAGAAGGACCCUUCAAACCAGAGGAAAAAUGGAUCGAAGGAAGUUUUAGCAUCGAUCCCGCGAGUUUCGUAGAUGAAGACGGGAGCGCAUAUUUGUACUUUGGUGGCAUCUGGGGCGGCCAGCUACAAUGCUGGCAAACAGGUGAAUUCAAACGCGACGCGUACGACUCCAUGGAAGCCCAAUCUGGCCCUGCGCUGUGCCCCAAGGUCGCCAAACUCACAGAGGAUAUGAAGGCUUUUGCCACAGAAGUCUCGGACGUUGUGAUAUUGGACGAUGUCACCGGCAAGCCGGUGCAAGCUGAGGAUCAUAGCAAGCGCUUCUUCGAGGCGGCAUGGAUGCACAAGUACAAGGGGAAGUACUACUUCAGUUACUCCACCGGCGACACGCACUAUUUGUGCUAUGCGAUUGGGGAUAACCCGCUGGGACCGUUUACGUAUACGGGGAGGAUAUUGGAGCCGGUGGUUGGAUGGACGACACACCAUAGCAUUGCGGAAUUCAAAGGGAAGUGGUAUCUAUUCUACCAUGACUCGAGUUUGAGUAAGGGGGUUAAUCAUCUGCGGUCUGUGAAGAUUAGGGAGAUUGUUUAUGACGAGCAGGGGAAAAUCGGACUAGCUGAGGAGCAGCCCAGGGUCUGA